CCUUUGGAGUUUGAUAUGAUGAUUAGGGAAUAACCGGAGUGACACGUCGCAAACUCUCCAUAAUCAAGGAGACCUUUUUCCCAGGCGGUGAUCUCCAAAAUUGCUCAGUGAGCACCCUUAAUUAACCUGCUUUUUUGCUGAUAAUCACUCACAAUGGAAUCAAAUCACAAAUCCGGGGAUGGAUUGACCGGCAUACAGAAAGAAGCCGCCCUCCGUGCAUUAAUUCAGCGAACGGGAUAUAAUUUGAUCCAGGAAAAUGGGCAGAGGAAAUAUGGAGGCCCACCACCUGGCUGGGAUGGCCCUCCGCCGGAGAGGGGGUGUGAGAUCUUUGUUGGGAAGCUGCCCCGAGACCUCUUUGAAGAUGAACUUAUACCACUGUGUGAAAAAAUUGGCAAAAUCUACGAAAUGAGAAUGAUGAUGGACUUUAAUGGCAACAACAGGGGCUAUGCCUUUGUGACCUUCUCAAAUAAACAGGAGGCGAAGAAUGCAAUAAAACAACUCAAUAAUUAUGAAAUCAGGAAUGGGCGUCUCCUCGGAGUCUGUGCCAGUGUGGACAACUGCCGCCUGUUUGUGGGAGGGAUUCCCAAAACAAAGAAGAGGGAGGAAAUUUUAGCAGAGAUGAAGAAAGUCACAGAUGGAGUCGUGGACGUCAUUGUCUACCCUAGUGCAGCUGAUAAAACAAAAAACCGGGGUUUUGCUUUUGUGGAAUAUGAAAGCCAUCGGGCAGCAGCUAUGGCCAGGAGAAAAUUGCUCCCAGGAAGGAUCCAGUUGUGGGGACACCCUAUCGCCGUUGACUGGGCAGAACCAGAAGUGGAGGUGGAUGAAGACACCAUGUCAUCAGUAAAAAUUCUCUACGUGAGGAACCUCAUGCUCUCAACCACUGAAGAGACCAUAGAAAAGGAGUUCAACAGCAUCAAACCAGGUGCGGUAGAGAGAGUAAAGAAAAUUAGAGACUACGCCUUUGUGCACUUUAAUAAAAGAGAAUAUGCAGUGGAAGCUAUGAAAGCCUUGAAUGGGAAGGUGCUGGAUGGGUCCCCGAUCGAGGUGACAUUAGCCAAACCUGUUGACAAAGACAGCUACGUCAGAUACACCCGGGGCACAGGCGGCAGAGGUACCAUGCUGCAAGGAGAAUACACCUACGCCUUUGGACACGUGUAUGACCCUGCCACUGCCUAUCUGGGUGCCCCGGUAUUCUAUGCACCCCAGGCUUACACAGCUAUCCCCAACCUCCACUUCCCUGCCACCAAGGGGCUCAGCAACAGGAGCAUCAUCCGGCCUCCAUCCAUCCGAGAAAUUUACAUGAAUGUACCUGUAGGGGCUGCGGGAGUUAGAGGACUGGGAGGUCGCGGCUACCUGGCGUACACGGGCCUGGGGCGUGGAUUCCAGCCCAAAGGAGAAAAGAGGGGAGAGGAUAAACUCUACGACCUCUUGCCAGGAAUGGAGCUCACACCGAUGAACCACAUCACACUAAAGCCCCAGGGGAUCAAACUCGCUCCUCAGAUCUUAGAAGAAAUCUGCCAGAAAAACAACUGGGGACAGCCUGUUUACCAGCUCCACUCUGCAAUUGGCCAAGACCAAAGACAGCUCUUCCUCUACAAAAUCACUAUCCCUGCCCUUGCCAGCCAGAACCCCACCAUACAUCCCUUCACACCACCCAAGCUCAGUGCCUAUAUUGAUGAAGCCAAAACCUAUGCAGCGGAAUACACCCUUCAGACGCUGGGGAUUCCCACAGAGGGAGCAGAAGUGCCUCCUGCAGCACCAGCUUUUCCAGGAUAUACUAUUGCUAAUGCAGCUGCCACAGUCACAGCCACUCAGCUCAAACAAGCGGUAACUAUGGGACAAGAUUUAGCGACCUACACAGCCUACGAAGCCUACCCCGCCUUUGCAGUUGCUGCACGCAGUGAUGGCUACGGAGCAUUUUAAUUCUUUCUUUAAUUGAGUUCCCUUUAAUCAAGCACAGGCAGAAAAAAAAAUCCAGUCUAGUAACUCUUAUAUCCCUCAUGAUUUUAAACUAAUCUGUCACCUAAAGUUAGAUUUUAGUCAGAGUUUCAUUUUUGUAGUUCUUUAGUUUCAUAACAGGAUAUUAGGAGGGGAAAAGGAGAAAUUGAAAAAAAAAUUGCUCAAAAUCAGAUUUUCAGACUAGAAAAAUCUCAGCCCAGAAAAUGAGUGAUUCUGAGGCAUGUGUAUAUACAUACAUACAUAUCUGUGUGUGUAUACAUACAUACAUAUCUGUGUGUAUAUACAUACAGACCAUGGUGGGUGUGUGUUUACAAGCAACAACCUGUGCUGAAAACGGUUGGUCCCAUGGACACUGUGAUGUGGGAGCAGGGAAGGAUGGGGUGUCUACAGCAAGCCCCUCUGCGUAUCAGGGGUUGCCCAUCAUUCCCCCCAAAAUUUCUCAAGCCAGGCAGAGCAUGGGGUAACACAAAAGGCUGCCCUCUGGCCAUGCAGAGGCGUCCAGUUUGCCUCUUAAUGCCUCCAAGCAUCCUGUGCUACCAGCGCCGUGAGGACGUGCUCAGGCACCUCGAGCAUCUUUUACAUUCAUUUUGGCACAGCCAUGGAAAACAGACAUUUUAUCAUAAAUUUGUCUGCCCCACAUAACAAGCUAGUUUUCACACUCUUGAAUGCUAGUUUGAUUUUUAAAGCAGGUAGCAAGCAUUCAGCAGAGUUUUCCCUCUUACUUUGCUGCUUCCCAGCCAUACCUACAAGUAACAAACCAGAAAACAAUGGUGCAUUUUUUCCACCUCCCAUCAAAGGACACAUUCAGUGAAAGAUAGGUGAACUUUUAGGACUAUUAAGAUUGAUAACCAGAAAAGUGCUAUUCAUUAGGGCCAAUUCUCUACUUAAUUAGAGCACAAGAACUCACAGCCAUGGCCUAGUAAUAACAGGCACAUCUACAGGAAUACAAUUAUAUCCAAGGAAUAUUUUCAAUAGGAUGGAAAGAACGCUGCCUGGCUAUCAGCAUUGCUUUACACGUUAAAGCAAGGCUGCUGGCUGCUGUGAUUCUCGCAAAAAUUAGUUUAGUGGAAGAGGAUUCACAUCAACAGUAAAGGCACCUCUUGUUUUGGAGAGCACUGGUGUGGAUGUUUGUGUUUGAAUACUUUGGGGAUGCUGAGAGCGUCCCUUGGUUUACAGCAGGAGGGCAUUAUCCAUUCAUUUUUGCCAUUGGAUUGAGGCAGAAGUAAUGACGCUCCAGAGAUACAGGAGAAACCCAGUGUUAGAUAACUACAGCAGACAUGCUAAUCCUAUAUAACAUAUCUUAUACAGUAAUGUACACUUAGAAAACUUGAAUCUGCUUAGUCUAGGACAAAAAAAAAAAAAACCAACACCUUUUUAGGGGAGAAUUUACAACUAGGUCAAUGAUGCCUAUCGAUUCCAACAGAAUUGGCCCCAGAUUUUUCAUGUGGUCUAGAUGAUGUAACAUGGCACUGUACAAGCCAUUUCAAGUGGAGCUUUUCCCGUGCAUCCCCAAAGCUGUACAGAGCAUGAUGGUCUGUGACAAGGAUAUUGACUACCAGGAGUUAAUUGUUCGCCAUCCUCAUGCUUUGGCUCACUUGAUUUCACUACGAAUGGAACAAAAACACAUAAGCUACAUAGUCUGCGGUCCUAUUAGACCCUUUUUAUUUAUAAAGUAGCUCAUUAGGGUGAUCCUAAAGGUAUUACAAGCUCUCUGUGGUUGCUGUUCAGCACGUUUGGAUUUGUAGAAAACAACAAACAUGUACACAGAGGGCGAAAUAACCAAGAGUGUUAUUGGUAUUGUGGCUUUAUUUUCUCUUAUGUCUAUGUCUUUUAAGUUGUGUUUGACUGCCAAUGAGUAACAAAUCCAUACAUCUCUAUCUCUCUCUGAAAGACUACCAUUGGCAGAGUUUCUCACUUUUUCGUGUUCAGUAACUUUAGUCUGCUUUUUCAGCUUAUUUAUAUAAGUUCAGAAAGACGUCAAAUAAAAGGGCAAGAAGCAGUAUUAAAAAGUGUGUGCAUGAAGCACUUAUUUUUGUACACAUAGUACAAUAUUUGUAUAGAGUUUUAACACUAUGAAGUGUAGUGAAAAAUCACACUAUCCAUUUACUGGAGAACAAUCACGUAUGUUAAAACAGAAUGAAGUGAAAAUGGCAUGUCAAUCAUCCGUUACAAGGAAAUUAUAACCGGGAUUGAAUUCUGUGAAGCAAGUCUGUAAUUCUAGAGUAAUCCAAGGAUAUUAACUUGACUUUGAAAUAUCAUUAAAACUUUUUAAACCAA